ACGUUCUGCUUGGACUGUGUGUUUGCAGUAAGCUUUUAACUCUGAAAAAGGCAGGCACAUCAAGACACAGAGUGGUACAGACUAAAUGGAUCUAAAGACAGCAGUGUUCAAUGCAGUUCGUGAUGGCAAGGUGCGGCUCCUUUCCAAGUUACUGGCAAACAAAACAAGAGAAGAGGUGGCCCAGCUGAUGUCGGAGAAAAUAAAUGGUGCCGCACCACUUCUGAUUGCAGCCCGUUAUGGUCACCUUGACAUGGUGGAAUACCUGUUGAACCAUUGCGCUGUGCCAAUAGAAGUUGGUGGUUCGGUGAAUUUUGAUGGUGAGCCCAUUGAGGGUGCUCCGCCAUUAUGGGCAGCAUCGGCGGCUGGCCACUUGAAGGUGGUUCAGUGUUUGAUAUAUCACGGUGCAUCUGUCAACAGUACAACUUUGACAAAUUCGACGCCACUUAGAGCUGCCUGUUUUGAUGGUCACCUGGAAAUAGUAAAAUAUCUCGUGGAGCACAAAGCAGACCUGGAAGUAUCAAAUCGUCAUGGGCAUACAUGCUUGAUGAUCUCCUGCUACAAAGGCCACAAAGAAAUUGCUCAGUAUUUACUUGAAAAGGGAGCUGAUGUUAACAGAAAAAGCGUUAAAGGAAACACUGCAUUACACGACUGUGCUGAAUCUGGAAGUUUGGAGAUUAUGAAGAUGCUUCUUAAGUAUUGUGCUAAAAUGGAAAAGGAUGGUUAUGGAAUGACUCCCCUUCUGUCAGCUAGUGUGACAGGCCACACAAAUAUCGUGGACUUUCUGACCCAGCAUGAGCAGACCAGUAAGGCUGAGUGCAUAGAUGCUCUGGAACUUCUGGGAGCAACAUUUGUGGACAAAAAAAGAGAUCUGCUUGGUGCUUUGAAAUACUGGAAGCAAGCUAUGGAAAUGAGAUACAGUGAUAGGACUAAUAUCCUGAGCAAACCUGUGCCACAAGCACUAGUUAUGGCAUAUGAUUAUGCUAAAGAGGUAAACAGCUUAGAAGAGCUAGAAAAUCUUAUUGCAGACCCUGAUGAAGUGAGAAUGCAAGCACUAUUAAUUAGAGAACGUAUUCUUGGCCCCUCUCACCCAGAUACAUCCUACUAUAUUAGAUACAGAGGUGCUGUCUAUGCAGACUCUGGAAACUUCAAGCGUUGCAUCAACUUAUGGAAGUAUGCUUUGGACAUGCAGCAGAGCAAUCUUGAUCCACUGAGCCCUAUGACAGCCAGCAGUUUACUAUCAUUUGCUGAACUUUUCUCCUUCAUGCUGCAGGAUAGGGCGAAAGGCCUGCUGGGCACUACUGUCACAUUUGAUGAUCUCAUGGGUAUACUGUGCAAAAGUGUCCUUGAAAUAGAACGGGCCAUGAAACAAAGCCAGUGUGCUCCUGAUCCAAUACAGCUGCAUAAAGCCCUUUCCAUCAUUAUGCAUUUAAUUUGCCUGUUGGAGAAAGUACCUUGCAGCAUGGAACAGGAGCAUUUUAAGAAACAGACUAUUUACAAGUUUCUUAAGCUUCAGCCUAGCGGGAAAAAUAACUUCAGUCCACUUCACCUUGCUGUUGACCAUAAUACUACAUGUGUGGGUCGCUUCCCUGUGUGUAGAUUCCCCUCUCUGCAAGUUACUGCUAUCCUGCUGGAAUGUGGUGCUGAUGUAAAUGUCAGAGACUCUGAUAAUAACAGUCCAUUACACAUUGCUGCACUGAACAACCAUCCAGACAUAAUGAAUCUUCUUAUCAAGUCAGGUGCACACUUUGAUGCCACAAACUCACAUAAACAAACUGCUAGUGAUUUGCUAGAUGAGAAGGAAAUAGCAAAAAAUUUAAUCCAGCCCAUAAAUCAUACUACACUGCAGUGUCUUGCUGCUCGUGUAAUAGUGAAUCAUAACAUAUACUACACAGGGCACAUUCCUGAAAAACUAGAGAACUUUAUUUUGCUCCAUAGAUGAUGGUGGGGUGUCCCAGAGUACUUUUUUUCAAGCACGACUUGGUGAUGAUAUUUUUCUUGACCACUGUUGUGACACACCAGCGUUCCCUUAGCUUGCUCCGUCUUGCUCUCAUUGGCUAAGCAUUGUUAGCAUCAGAUCUGCACAGUUGGUUAUCCAGUAUUUAAUAUGAAUAUGCCAUAUAAUAUAUUUUGUGGAUUAUUUAGAAAUGUAAUGCCAUAUUUAGACUCUUUAAAUUGUCUGCCAAAGGCUUGUCUAUUCUGGUCUUACUUGCCUGUUGGGUGUUUGGGACAGAGUUGAGUAUUUUCCACUGAUGUCUUUUUACUAUAACUGUUAUGUGCAUUUUAUACAGUUGAAAGGUCAUCUUUUUUUGGUUUUGCUUGAGCAUUUCUGCUCUUACUCUGUCCUUUUUCUACGGACUCAUUGCUAAACUGUUCAAGUUGUAUGGACUUGUUAACAUUUGCAACUACCAUAAGUGCUUUUAUCUUCUCUAUGCACUGGCUUAAACAUGACUGUUGUGUGUGAGCAUAUUUCUAUGCAGCACUUGGCCAAUUUCAACUUAAAUGCCCCUUUUUUUUUUUUUUUUUGCAGUUUGUUUGUAGCUCUUUUUGAGAAUGCUGUCUUCAUAGCAUGAUGAAUUCUGGAGUUACUUAUCCACUCUCCAGACUUAGGUUUGACUUUUUGACUCCUGUAACUGAGGUUGCUUUCCUUUAAAUCCUCUGGAAAUUUUUCCUAAAUCUGGGAGAAGAAAAACUCGCUUUUUCUCAUCAUAGUCCACUGGAACUUUAAAUCUGAAAAUCACUUUAUUGCAUCGUGCAGGGGAUGAGAGUCCUUUUAUGUUAGGGGAAGAGUCCUCUUUAUGUACAACUGAUACCUUCCCCUUUGCACUAAUGUCUUGCUUGUGCUGGUUAUGUGACUAGAUGUGAAGUUUGCUCAAAGUUUAACCUCAAAUUUAAUGAUACACUUUAAUGAGAAAUAGAUCAAAUGUAUACUGUAGUUUUAAAAUUUACAAAUCAACUUUAGCUGCAAAAGAAGCUAAAGCAUGUCGGUGGCAUGAUGCUUAUCAGUCCAGAUCUAGACAUCAUCUAAUAUAACAUAGUAAGUGGCUGUAUGCCAGGGUAUUGGAAGUUCUAUAGCAGUGUCCUUUUUUCUUCAUUUUAAGUAUCUUUAUAAAUACUUGCAUGGAUUUUUCAUCUCUGCUAUGUCAGCUGUACUUAACACAAAGCAGAAGUUCUGUUGUAUAUAUAGCUCUUAAUUAAAGUACCUAUUUUUAUAAU